AACACAGCUGUUUUUUGAAUUUUUAAACAAAAGUUGAUCGCUUCAGCAUCUGGCUAAAAAGAAUGUGCCUGAUAUAAACAAUCAAAAAUUCAAUGUCUUCUUCUAAUCUAUGUAACAUCUGCAAAAAUAAUGAUUUCAAGUAUUCCUGCCCGAAAUGCAACAUUUUAUAUUGUUCACUCGCUUGCUACAAAUCCCCGCAACAUCAGAAAUGCUCGGAAGAAUUCUACAGAAAAUGCGUUGAGGAUGAGAUUUCAGCAACUUCCAACCCAACUGAAGAUGUGAAAAAAAUGUACGAUAUCCUGAAUCGAUUGAAUCAACAAUUCGAAGAGGAUGAAUUCGAUCUAAAUGCACAACCAACCGAAUUGGACUCUGAUGAUGAAGCAGUAGAUGCCGAGGAUGAGGAGGAUGAUAUGGCCAGUAGAUUGGAAGGCAUCGAUAUAAACGAUUCAGAAGAAAUAUGGAAACGACUCACAGAUGUCGAAAAGAAAGACUUCCAGUUUCAAAUUGAAAACGGCGAUAUUGUUAAACUGGUACCCAAAUACUCACCUUGGUGGUCGGCCCAUAGCAACAAGUUAGUUGUUCCGAUUUCAGACAUAAGUAUACCUGAGAUAUGUGACAGCAUACCGGUGUUUAGUAAAAUAUACAAGAAAGAACCACCUUCGUGUAUUCACAACAAUCUGUGGAACGUCAUUGCGGCAUACGCAACUACAGUAAAAUAUUUCAAUGGAGAACAUAAAACUAACCCUUGGGAAGCAACUAAAUACCUGGUUGCACUCUCGGCCAAUCUUAGGAAAAACGCCAACUUUCCCGACGCUGAUCAGGCUGUGGUUUCCAUACAAAUUGAGGCCUUAACCGAAGGCAUACCAUUACCUUGCGAUGAAUUUGUAGAAAUUGAAAAGGACUGUAGGCAGAUAGUAUCCGGUGGCAUCGAGUUUAAACUUGCUGCUCUAUCCGACACCUUGAAUACUUUAAAGAUAGCCAAAGACCAACAAUUCGGAAAAAAUUCAAAACAAACUGAUUCUGAAUUUAAUCAGAGAUUUGAAAGUCACCUGGUUAGUGACCUUUCAAAGAGUAGCUUGAAUUUGAUCAUUAAGAAAUUAGAGUUUUAUCUAUCGUUUGUAAAUAAAGAUUCCCACAAAGACCAAGUUUAAUUGAAUAUUAAACAU